AUGGCUGAGUUGGAGAAAACCCGCGCAUCAUGUACGCUUCCUGGCCAACCGAUAACUACGACCCUGAAUAUAUAAUUACAAUCUACCACAGCCUGCACAAGGACGCUAUGAAACCCCUCACGGUUGACAUGAUCUGUGUGAUUUUUGUUAGGUGCCAGUAUCGGUAUGUGAGUUCCAUCUACUGCGCCCGCACACAUGGGAAAGCUCCAUGUCUCUUCAUAACCUCGUAUGACUCGCAAAAGGUCAUCACCCUUAGGGAAUCUGAUAGCAUUUGAUGAUUUGGAAACUGCUUUGCUAUUGCAUGACAUACUUCUUGAAUGCACCGGCACACAAACGACCGUGAAACUCCGAAUAAGUUGCUAAUUGUGCGGUAUAUUCAGCCGUGGAUGCUAGAUAAUAUAAUGUAACUGCCAGCCGUCGAUUCGUUGAAACUGCUUCUCGAAGAUGUGUAUUUUCAUGAGCUAUUUCGGGCUCAACCCUUCUGAGAAUAAAUGUAAACGUUUCUUUCAUAACUUUGAAGUUAGCAUACCAUAGCUAGCCGUUGUAGGUAUCGUCCACCAUCUCAAACCAGAUCUGUGUUCGUGGGUGCAUCCACAGUAUUCUAGUUCUUUGGCGAUGAAAAAAAGCUAGUACAGUUGCAGUAAAUUCUUUUUUACCUUUUCUUUUUAUCAGUGGCGGCGCCAGGCCUCAGAAUUUGGGGGGGGGGGGGCAUUUGAGGGUCAAACUCAUAUUUUUGGGGGCAAGAUAGAAUUUUUAAAAAGGUACUGCUAUUUCCCCAUGCCGUUGUCACAGGACUUUUGCCCCCCUCCCCCCUCCCCUGGAGAUUCGCUUCCCUCUCAAAAGGGGCGAUAUUCCUAGGAACACCGCCCCCGGGGGACGAAUAUCCUAGGAAUAUCGCCCCCCCCCAGAGGGGCGAAUGCCCCAGGAAUAUCGCCCCCUCCCCCUUUAGGAUAUGCGCCCCCCCCCCCAUAUAUGCGAUGUGGUUUAUUCAAAUAAUUUCGUGAUACUUUCAUCUUAUUAGUGCCUUAAGGUCCAUACAGACCGGACGCUAUUUGGCAACGCGACGCGAAUUUUCAGUUUUCAAUGAUAUUUAACUUUAAUAUUUUUCAUUGUUUUUCAAAUAUUCGGGACCAGUUAGCAAUUUUAGCUAUUUGGUCUGCAUACCUUGUAAAAUUUUUAUCCGUUGACGGUUUUAUUUGUUUUCGAAAACUGAAAAUUCGCGUCGCGUUGCCGAAUCGCGUCCGGUCUGUGUGGGCAAAGACACGUUUGAGACUGAAUUUAACUUUGCAAAUCUAAAGCUUUUUUGUCUUUUUUGAAACGUAUUAUUGGAGUAUUGGCAAGUUUUACCAUUCAGAGAUUUAGAAACUAAUAUUGAAACUGUAAAAGACAGUUUCACGUACACGCGCAUUCACUAAUGAAAGACAACUUAUAAGCCAUACAUUUUCCGAUGACGACAAAACGCUUGUGUAGCCUUUAGUUGCUCUCAGUGACUAAUAAUUUUUUUGAGGGGGAGGGGGGGGGGGGAAAUUGGGGGCAAAUAAAAUUUGGGGGGCCAAAAAAAUUAGGGGGGUAUCCUCCCCCUGGCGCUGCCACUGCUAUUUAUGUUGUGAAGCGCUAUUCUACGUACACGCGGUUAUCUUUAAAUUUUGCCAAGUGUGUUACACUUGGCAAAAUUUAAAGAUAACCGCGUGUACGUAGAAUAGCGCUUCACAACAUAAAAAGCAGUGGCGGCGCCAGGGGGGGGGGGGAUGGCCGCCCAAAUUUUUUUUCUCCGUCUCCGUUUUGUCACAUAAAAAUACCAAACAAGUGCCGAAUUUGCUGUUUUUACAUCCUCCAUUUUUUAAAAGUUUGAUUUAAUGGCGCAGUAUUUAAGCGGGCCGUAUUCAAGAGUAGGGGUGCUAGUGCAUCUUGAUGGCCCGCCAAAAUUUGUAGUGUAAACGAUGCUGAUUUUUCAAGAAAAUGGUCCGCGUGCCAAUAUUUAAGAGUGCCGUGCCAAAAAUGAGUGUAGUGUAAACGGGGCUUAAGUAGUGAUUUAUUCGUAUGAGAUGUCAUUUCAAAUCCUCCAACUCGGACAGGACUAGAUUUCAAGUCCUCUUAUUUUGAUCCAGUCCUCGGCUUCGCCUUGGACUUGAUCAAAUUGCGCAGGCUUGAAAUCUAGUCCUGUCCUCAUGGUUGGAUUUGAAAUAUUACGUGAACUUCAGCGUACAAAGUCACUAUUCAUCAAGCAUUCAUCUCCUUUUAUAGUUAUUAAUGAAGCAAGAUGGAUCCCAGACUCUGAUAUCUGCUUGCUACCAGGUAGAGUAGGAUCAUGUCGUGCUGGCUUUCCACGAUAUUAUUACAAUGCCCAGCAAGAAAGGUGUCUUAUAUUUACAUAUGGAGGCUGCGGUGGGAACAGAAACAAUUUCAGAAAUGAAGCAGAGUGUAAACGAGCAUGUGGUAAGUGGUCUAAGAAAAAGUAUAAGAAAGUAAUGCACCCCCUAAUGGAAAAGCUCAUCAACUCUCUAUUUGAAGACCUUCAAAUCUUGAUCUUGUGAGAUUUGAUUGAAACACCUAAAUGAAUGACGUAACUGCGCAUGAACACAAUAAAACUAGAAUUAUUAAACAUUGCAGGUUGCGUGAAGGUAUGUCCUUAUAUUUAUAAACCACUAUGUGCUACAAAUGGCGAAACGUAUUCAAAUUUGUGUUCCUUGGAGAUUGCCAACUGUAAAAGUAGUGGUGCAAUUGUAUUUGAUUAUGAUGGCGAAUGUGGUAAGUAAUUUUCAUUUUCAUCUAUAUACUGUGCAUGAGGUAGACGAUGAGAUAGAGAUGAUUUCAGGACUGUUUUUCAAUUCGUGCUGUGGGUCAGCCACUCAGUACACAUCAUUCUCGUCAGUCGUAACACAGAGGAUAUAAACUCUGGCAUAAUAAUGACAUGACCAAAAGUGGCUGCAAGGGCCACUUUUGGUCAUGUCAUUAUUAUGCCAGAGUUUAUAUCCUCUGUGUUACGACUGAUGAGAAUGAUGUGUACUGAGUGGCUGACCCACAGCACGAAUUGAAAAACAGUCCUGAAAUCAUGUCGAUGGUGUUGUAUACUCCCUUACUCGCUUUCAACUCAUAUAUUCAUGUUCACAGACUGUAAAAACAAUCACAUUCAAAGGAAAUAAAUGAUGCAGAACAUGAGUAUAUGAAUAUCUCCCCCCAAUUAUCGACUUUCCGGCGCCCCUGUGUAUAUAACAACUGUUUGGAAUGUUACACCGUGGCUAAGACAAAAUAAUAAAAAUCCAUUAACACUGGUCUUGUCAACAAACAUAAUGUUCUCUCAAGUUGGAUUUUUACUUCAGCGAACCAGACAUUGAUAUUUUUAAUGCACGUAUCGGUUUUCUUUUUUAUUAUUGUGGGGAUAAGCACCUCUAGCGCCCCCCCCCCCCCCAUAUUCCGCCUAUGUAUUAAGGGUUUGAAUAAAGCACUCGAAAUUUCAUGAACUGAAAACCACCCAUGCAAACACUGCAACCGCGCGAGGUAAUCACGAUGUUUAAUUUGUUAUUUAAUUGUGCAAUUCAUUUAGUCAGUUUGUAUUGAUCAUAACAGAAAUUUUAUUCAUUGUUAGAUUAA